AAAUCCUUCAAUACUCAGCUAAACUCAAGUUGACUCUCUCAACUGCAGAAAGACAUUCCGGAGUCCUUUCAAGGGGGCCCGUGGUUCAGUCAACUCAAGCUGCGAAAUGGAAAGAUUUUACGCCCAACGUCACUUUCCCCAUCCACGGUGCAGCGAAUCAUCGCAACCUGUCGAUGUACCAUCGUUUUCGACCGCCAGUCACACAUGUGAUUAUUGUGCUGCAGCUCUUAUAUCAACAUCGAGCGUUGACCCUGAGAGAAUCAACAGAUGGGUGUCGCUGCACAGUGAUCCAUUGAAGACGCGCCAAAGGGGGAGCCUAAGGUGGCGGAACGUUUUGCCUCAUUCCAUGCAUCAGGUUUCUGCUGCUAACGCUGAAGGAUGUCCGUUCUUCGUGUGGAUAUGGGGACAGAUUAUGAGGUCUAGGACACUACCUGAACAACUUAUGAGGACAAGGAUUUGCUUGGUGAUUGAGUCUGUCAAUGGCGUCAUCACCGACGCUAUCAAAUGCUCGGUUCUUGUGUCGACGGAUAAAUACUCUUGGAGUCCAACCGGAGGGACUUUCGAUAUCGAGUCUGACGCGUACGACCCUUGCGCAAAUGAUGCCGUAGGGCGUACUAUAGACGGCGGUACCUUUUCGGAAAGAGGCAUCUCGCAAAUUCGUCGUCGACUUCAGGUGUGCCUCGAAUCACACCAGUCUUGCCGACAAGGAGCGGGCAUCCGGCCUCUGCGGUUCCUUGUAAUUUCUGCCGAGGAGAAUGAGACUGUCCGCAUUAGACAAAUCCACGGCGCAAAGACUGACCCAUAUGUCGCUCUCUCCUACUGCUGGGGCCUGGAACAGACCGCCAAGACCACUACUGUCAACUUGGCUCGCCAUGAGAGAGGCAUAGAAGUGAGAGGUUUACCCAAAACCAUCCAGGACGCAAUCUACGUUACUCGACGACUGGGUAUAAGACUUCUCUGGGUUGAUAGCCUCUGCAUGGUGCAAAACGACCCCGUUCUUUUAGCUAAAGAGGUCGGCGACAUGGCUCACUAUUACGCCAACUCUAUGAUCACAAUAUCCGCGGCAGUAGCGAAAAGCUGUGCAGAAGGUUUCCUCAACCCCCCUGACCCAACAGAAUCGGAUGGCUAUGUAGGAUUUUAUUUCCCUUUUGACGACAAACCUCGCCUUGAUAGUUCGCCUAACAGACGAUUGAAGCUCUUCCGUGCUGAAGCUCGAGACGAAAUUGAUCACAUCGACACCCGGGCGUGGACAUUACAAGAGUCUCUGUUGGCCACUCGGUUGGUUUCCUUUGGCACUCGCCGAAUCUCCUGGGCUUGUAUGACCACUAGGUUCGGUCCAAGCUCGGGUGCUACUUCACUCCGGGAUAAUAUGUUCAAGACCCGCCACUGGGUGGGAUACGGAGAUAGAAUCGCCCACAACACUAGCUAUGGUAACCAUCCAAGAGAUCCCGAACAUCUCAUCUCAGAUCUUCAUGGUAUUCUUUAUCCUCCUCCCGAGGCAAUCUUUCAGCUGUGGUCGAAGGUUGUGGAGGAGUUCUCGCAGCGGACACUUUCCAUUCCUGGAGACCGGCUGUUGGCAAUCUCAGGAGUCGCCCAAACACUUGGAAACAUGGUCAACCCAUCGAGCGAUGUCGACGCAUCGCCAUACGCUGCCGGUCUGUGGAACACGCCACUUCUCCCACUGGAACUAUUAUGGAUGCCGAAGAAUCCCUUCACUCCGCAGCUAUCUUCUUCCUACAUAGCACCAUCUUGGUCCUGGGCAAGCUUUCCAGGAGCCGUCGUCUGGCACUUGCCUGACUUGACCCACCUUGAGUCAUGUAUAUAUCCACGAUCUGGACUGGAAAAGAAAGUGCCCUCACUUGUUUACCGCGACAACUCCGUUGACUAUGAAAAGCUAGCAAUCAGAUCGCGGACGAAUGGUAUAGGUCUCUCUCCAUUGCCACAGGUAGUCGCUCUCUCAGUAGAGCCCCUCAUUGACGUUGCACCAUAUGGAGCCGUCACAUCAGGAUACGUCACCUUACGAGGCAAAUGUUUUAACCGUAUGCACGACGUCCUCACGCCCUGGCAUAUUCAGAUGCGCUUCGACUCUGGGGAAGAGCUGGAUUCGUUGAGAGAAUUGCCUCCGGGCUUCAUUUGCUUCCACAUAUUGGGUUACGUUGUAGAGGACGGUAUUCCACCAGAACAUUACGACCGGAUUUUAGGAACAAAUUCACAAGGUUUGAUACUUGAAAGGGCGCAAGACGGGACAUACCGCCGUGUUGGGCUCUACGUAGGUCUGAACAUAGGCGACCGUCUGCGCAUGAUAAAGACUAUGACAGAGGUCACAAUACACUAGGAUCUAGAUAGCGAGAAGGCGUACGUGAUAACGGAAGUCAACCUCAUGGUCUGUAAGACCUCGAGUCGUAAUCGUUAUAUACUUACAAGCGAGAUAAUUUGAUGCCUA